AUGCAUGCUAUAGAGCUAAGAAUGCUGUAUAACUCAAAGAACUAUGAGGAAAUUUACGAUAGGAUCCGCCAGGAAAUGGAGAAAUUGGCUCUUGGAGAUAGAUUGUGCACAAAUGAUUUGGAAGGACUGCAGUCCUCUGUGGAGGAGGAGAUGAGAAGGUGUAUUCACGAGCAGAGAGGAAUCCCAAGGCCACUGAUAAAUAUCAUUCUACUACAAGGAGAAGUCUUCGAGAAAAGGAUGAGGUCACUGGCAAGUUCUUAUUUAGGAUCAUUGUGCUCUGUAAACUAUCAAGAGUUCCUGAAUUGUAAUUUCCAGAAGCUGUCCUCACUAGACAGUUGUUUAUCAUGGAUUGAAGAAAGUAUAGCCAAGAUAAGCCUCAGGUAUUCUCAUAUUCCUGAUGAUUGGUGCCUAUCGCAAGAAAUACUGCUCAAAUACUAUUUCAUGACGAAACAGAGAGCAUGUGAUUAUUUUUUUUACAACGAGGUUGAUGAAGAAGACUUUAUGGAAGCCUUCAAUUCAACAAUCAAGCAUGAAAAAAGGUUGGGAAGGUUGUUUGAGAAACAUGGAUGCUGUGCAUGCGCUUUGUAUGCUCCCUCAGUAGAUUCUCAUCAAGAAGCUUUGUGCCCUCAUAGAACAAUGGUAUCAUCAUUAUUUAUUCCAAACAUAGAGAUAUACCUGAGGAGAUCCUUCAGCUUUUUGAUGCAGCCCGAUCUCAAUCAAGAGGAUACCAGAGCAUGUGUUGUUUCAAGGUUCCUGGACUUUUUCCGUGGAGUGGGAAAAAUCCUCAAAAGAGUUGAAUAUCUCAAUGAUAAGUCUGUAUAUAGGCAUCUUGUACAUUACUUUGACGAGCACUUAAGUCUUCUGAUGAAAAGGAUAAAUUCUUCAAAGGAUCUAUAUGGAUCUAUCAUUGUGUUGAAUACACUUCUUUUCAUAAGAGAAACAGCCUUGGACUUCCUAGAUCAAAUCAUAGAGAAGUCGGGGGUGGAAGAGGACAUUCCAAAGAUCCACAUGGAAAUCAGAAGGGUUGAAAGAUCACAGAAUGCAUUUAUAGAUGACUUUCUUUCCAAUUAUUUUUCGGGGCUAGAUUUUGCAGCACCUGAGGGACUUUCUAGAGAAAUCAUACAAUUCUUGGAUAAAAGUAUAAUGAAUGAAAGGACAAAAGGAAUACACGAAGACGUCCAAAUUACAUUACUAGAAGACAUAAUUUCCCACGCCUUCUCUAGAAUCUACACCACCAGGGUCUCUCCUCAGAUUUCAGAGUCUCUUUUGUUUGAAAUUUCAGAGAUUAAGCGAUACCUAAGAACAAAAGUGAGCGUUGUCCCUCUCAUGGAUGUUGUUGAGAAAUACCUCAAAAUCUUUCUAUGUCCCCUGGACAACAAGGAGUGCUUUGUGAAGAACUUCAUUCUUAUGUCUGAAGGUAUUUUUUCAUUUGAUCAAAUCGUAAAUAGCAUUGGGAAUGAACAUGAGGUAGGUGCUCUGUACUCUGCAUACGAGGCGGCGAUGAAAUCCCUCCAUCCCCUUGCCUUAGAAACACCAUUACACCAAUAA